AUGGAUUUGAGAUCUGAAAUCGAGAGGCUCUGCAGAUCUGAAUCUGGUCUGAGAUCGAUGGAUUUGAGAUCUGAAAUCGAUCGCCUUUCUCGCAAGCGCAAGGAGGACAAUCUCCGACGCGUCGUUGAGACCUCCGAAGGAAAUCUCCGCAUCUUCGCUCUCGCUUCCUCCUCCGACCACGACGUCGACGAAGGAGACAACGGCGGCUCCAGAAAACGCAUGAGGCGACACCGCGGCUGCAACGCCGUCGUUUCAUCCACCAAGCUGGCCGCGGAGCGCACCAGGCCCGUCAGAUCCGCCGUGAAACCCUAUGACGACGGUGGGGAUCUGAAUAAACACACGAGGGGCAUCGGCAUGAAAUUGCAGAUGAAGAUGGGCUAUAACGGACGUGGACUCGGCAAAAACGAGGAAGGUAUUGAAGCCGAAUUGAGGUCCAAAAAUGAAGGUCUUGGUUUUGAUUACAAGGAGGGGACUAAGCUGCUGCGGCGGCGGCCCACAUCGUUUGUGAAAGCCAAGGUGGUGCACAAAAGUGUCGCUGCUGGUGACAAUGAUCACAAGAAGAGCAAAACAGAAAUAACCAAAAAACCAAGCAGCCUAGACACUAGUACAGGGGAAGAACACAAGCCCAACGAGCAGCCUAAUGAGGCAAUUACCAGUGCCGCCGCCACCGGGAUGGAGAAGAAGACGAUUACCAAAGGUGUCGAUUUGCUGGGAAAGGUGAUGGCUGAUAUGAGAAGACCUCUUGAUGGAAUCUUGGCCGACUUUGAGAACUUGAGUUUGAAAGGUACCAGCUCCACGUGCAUCUUAGCUAUGUAG